UAAUUUGGUUUUGAAUUUAGAAAUAUUUUUCAAAUUAACUUUUUAACAUUGGAUGGAGGCAAAAUGCCGAAAUACAAGCUGACAUAUUUUGAUCUAAGAGGACGGGCAGAGCCCAUCAGGCUUUUGUUUACAGUGGCGGGCGUCUCUUUUGAAGACGAAAGGAUCAGAAAGGAACAAUGGAUAGCUAUCAAAGACGAAACACCAGGAAAUGCGUUACCUGUUUUGUGUGUCGAUGGCUUUAUCAUUUCACAAAGUAUGGCAAUAAACAGACAUCUAGCACGAACAUUUGGUUUAGACGGAGAAACUUUGUCACAAAAAGUAAAAGUUGAUGAAAUAGUAGAAUAUCUGGUAGAAAUGAAAAAUAAAAUGGCGGAACUUCCUAUGUUGAGUGAAGAUCCAAGGAAACAGGAAUGGGCAAGGCAAGUAAUGAAAUCCUUCCAGGAGUUUAUGGUAAAAGCUUGUACCUUCAUUGAAUCACAGAUACAAAAGAAUAUGAAAGAGGGCAAAGGUUUUGCUGUUGGAAAUCGGUUGACUUUAGCCGACAUCAUGAUCUUUGAAGCAUUUGAAAACAUUUUGGCAACAAAUGGCAAUGCGUUGGACAAAUGUUCGGGAAUUACGAAAUGCCGUGCCAAAGUGGCCAACAUGCCCCGUAUCAAGGAAUAUCUAUCGCAACGACAACAUACUAAUUUUUAAAAAAAACAUGGUUUUGUUAAAAUGUUUCUGGCUAG